GGUGUUUAUCAAAUUUAAGAAACUAGUAAAAGUGAAAUUCUCAUUAUAAUUAUGUCAAUUUUUAGUGAGCUACUAUCUAAAAUCUUUGAGAUAUCUGAUGCUUACACAAAAAAUUUCAAUGAAGACCUUAAGGUAGCGUUUGAAUGUUUAGAUAAGUUUGAGGAGGAAUUUCGAAAUGCUAAGGGGAAAGCGCGGGAGAAGACCAUAAAAGACAAAAUUAACCUGACAACGCUCCAGAGUAUUAACGAAGAUGAUGGGGAAGCAAACAAAACCCCGGAAAACAAACCAAACCCUUCAUCGAGUAAUAAUGAAACUGCUAAUAAUGUGGAAAAAGGUGUAAACUCAAAGGAUAAUGAGAUGGAAAGAGCAUCAAAAAAACGCAGCAAGAAUGAAGUUGAUGAUAUGUCAAGUCCGGAACAAGAUAAGAGACUGAAAAGAAAUGCUUCUGUCAAAGCACAAAGUAUCAUAAGUAAACAGGUGAAUGUAAACCUAACACAAAAGCUUCGUCGUGAAGAUUCCACAGAAAAGGAACAGUUGAAGUCGAGGCGUCGCGGCAAAGAUGACGAUAAAGAAAACACCGAGCCGAUACCUCUAGUUCAAGUGAAACAAGAGAAAGUAUCAUUGCCAUCCGAGCCAAUGGACCUGGAGUCCUUGCCAAUCAACAUUGAAAUCAAACAGGAAAUGAAUGAGGAUGAAAUUGCUAUGCCGCCUCCGACUGCACCUGUACCAAAGCCAAGAAAAGCAAUUCCUAAAGAAAAAUCGGAAGAACUAUCAGAAGAGGAAACAGGAAAACGGCGGGCCACCAGGACAAGGAAACAAACGGAUACGGCGCCUGCACCGCCUGUGGCAUCAGCGCGAGCAACUCGAGCGAGUUCCCGCGCCAGUUCGCGCAAGCAAUUGGAAAUAGAGGAAGAGGUGCCCAAGGAAACCAGGCCAAAACGGACACGCGGCAAGAAGAUAAUAUCAGAAAUCAGUAUUGAAAAUGAUAAUCACUCCCAAAGUACACAAGACAGUGCAAUUGGAUCUCCUACCGAAAAUCCACGGCCGAAAAGGACGAGAAGAGCUCAGAAAGCAGCUGAAAAAGAAGCCGAGAAGGAUGAUGCACAACCUAAAGAACCAGAAACUACAUCGCCAAAGGAAGAAAGAGUAUCUCAACCAGAAUUAAAAUCACCAAUACUUCAAAACAAAACAAAACUCAAUCUUACUACCAAGACAACAGCGACGAAAUUACCUAAUGAAAAAACUGAUAAAUCAAAGAAAGCUAAUUACAAACCGGACUGUAAUGUUGAAGUAACAAAGGCGAAAUUAGAUCGGCAAAGUGUGGAAGAUACGAAUGUUAAAGACGUUUUGGACGCGACACGAGUAUUACCCGUGUCGCGUCUCGAGACACCAAAGUUGAAUGCAACUGUCACAUUAAACAGUGAUCUUGAUAAGACUGUUGUUUUGCCGAACGGAGUGUGCAAUCAUGUAUCCCUCACUCCGAAGAAUAUGCGCAAUCUGAACGAAACUGUCGUGAUCGAGCCCUGCAACCGCGAGACUAUGGUGCUGGACAAACCGAAGAACGUAGCUAUGGACGCCACUGUUGUACUUGAAAGACUACCACAAACAGCACAAUUGACGGAUGACAAUUCCCUCUUAACGGACGACAGUGACACUCCAGAAGUUCAUACACCACCCAAAGGCAUUGCUGCAGCCCAACCUAGUUCGGCCGUUAAAGAAAAAGUACAACAGUUUGAAGAGUUGGCGUCCAGGAUAACGAGAACAAAGACAAGGGCAAUGGCUAAAAAGGAUGAACCAGUAGAGAAUCAUACGCCUCCUGACAAAAUAUCGAAAACUGUUUUGUCUGCAGAACAAUUGAACAAAAUGAACAAUUUGAUCUUCAAUGGAAAAGCAUCUCAGACAUCACGCUCAGCUUCGAAACCAAUAUCGAGUAUUCCCACAAUGAAAUCGCACUUAUCUUCGUCGACUUCGAAGCUGAGCGGCAUUAACAAGGCCAAGGAAGCUGCAGAGGAGAGACAAAAGAAAGAGAAAGAAGAUGCCAGGCGGAAGAAAGAGGCUAUUUUGGAGGCAAAGAGGGAAUUACAACGAAGAAAAAGGGAAGAAAAAAUGGCGGCGGCUGCAGCAGCGAGGGAAGCAGCGGAGAAAGAGAGACGAGCGGCCAUGGAAGCUGCAGUUAAGGAGCGCAUGGAGAAACAAGCGCAUGCAGAUCAGGGCAAGCUGGAACGACUAAAGGAAGCUGAACGGAAAAAGCUAGAGCUCGCCCGUAAGGUAGCGGAAACGGAAGAGCGACGUAGAGCGGAGGAACAAGCCCGCUUGCAACGGCUCGCGGAGGAACAAAAGAGGGCGGAGGCGGCCAGACGUAAGCAGCAGGAAGAAGCCGAGAUAGUGAAAAAGGAAGCGGCUACUAUGGCGAAAGAGAUGGAAAAGAGGCACAAAGAGUACAUAGAAAAGCAGAAGAUGAAAUUGAAAAUGGACGGCGAUCGCACGACGCCGCUGAAGUCGUGCCUGACGGGAGGUGUCACAGUACAAGAACCAGUGUACAUGGCGGACGGCUUCCAGUAUCUCAACUCAGAUUCCGAAGAGGAGGCUCCAGAGCACCCCGUGCCCUCAUGGUCCACUUCCAAGGCACGUCGCCAGCGUUUAUACAUUCAAGCGCGCAUUUCUAACGCAAUAGUAGACCGUUUGUUCUCCGUGCGUGCCCACACUCCUGAUCUUCGCGACAUCUUCCCCGGCAUCGAGAGAGCCAGGCUCAAGCGCACCUCGUCUGCCGUGUGGCGCACUCCGCCCAGCAUGGACUCCAGGUACAAAACAUAACAUGUCACUUCCAGAGCGUUGCAGGCGGCGUCGCAUCACAUUGUAAAUUAUAUGAACAAUUAUAUCGUUGUUUGAAUUCGUCAAUAUCACGAACUUUUGAUGCUUAAGUUAUUCAAUAAAAGAUAAACCGUUU